AUGAGCGUGCUGCACCACGAAUCUGAUUUUGCCGAUCUCGCCUGGGCCUACUUCCAAAAGGCCCACGCCGACGGCGUCCACCACGCCGAAGUCUUUUUCGAUCCGCAGGUGCACCGCGACCGCGGCGUCGCCUACGAGACCAUCGUCGCCGGUUUCGUCGCCGGGUGCAAGCGCGCCGAGGCCGAGCUGGGCCUGACGACCCGCCUGAUCCUGUGCUUUGUGCGCCAUCUGCCGGUCGAGUCGGCGGCGCAGGUGUAUGACCAGGCGCUUGCGAAUGCGCACUUCGACUCCGACGUCCUCCACGGGCUCGGCUGGUCGUCCACUGAGGUCGGCCCGCCCAAGGACAUGUUCCGCGAGCUGUAUGCCUCGGCCUCGGCGAAGGGUAUUCGUCUGACGGCGCAUGCGGGCGAGGAAGGCGACCCGUCGUAUAUCCAUGCGGCGCUGGAACUCGGCGCGCAGCGCAUUGACCAUGGUAUUCGGCUGGUCGAGGAUGAGGAGCUCAUGGCGCGGGUGGCGCGCGAGGGCGUCAUGCUGACAGUGUGUCCGAUCUCGAACGUGCAGUUACGGUGUGUGGAGUCCGUCGCGCAGGUGCCGAUUCGCAAGUUUUUGGACGCCGGGGUGAAGUUCUCGAUCAAUAGCGAUGAUCCGGCGUACUUCGGGGGCUAUAUCCUGGACAAUUACUGCGCGGUGCAGGAGGCCUUUGGGUUGUCGGUGGAUGAGUGGAGGGUCAUUGCGGAGAACAGUGUGAGGGAGAGCUGGAUUCAUGACGAGAGGAAGGAUGAGUUGUUACGGAGGAUUGAUGAGCAUGUCGGGAAGCAUUCGCAGGUGGCCAUGGUAGCUUAA